AUGAAUUCGCCCAUUGGCUGCGGGAGGCGAAUUCCACUCCUGACUGCGAUAGAUUCAAGAUCCCAUAUCCAUUUGAUCGUUGGGUCUAAUCCGUUGGCCGCAGCACGUUCAAGCAAGUGUCUCGAUGCAGGGGCAAUUCCUAUUCUUAUUUCUCCUCCCGGAAACAAGCUUCCAUCGACUCUUUCUGAUAGAGUUGAAGCUGGGCAAGUCCAAUGGAUUCAGCGGGAUUUCCAGGAUAGUGACCUCUCCACGUUAGGUCGAGAAGAGGUAGGGCGUGUGGUUGAUGCCGUGUUUGUGACAUUGGAAAAGACAGACCCCCUAACUCAGCAUAUAUCAGAGAUAUGCCGGCGGCUGCGGAUACCUGUAAACGUGUUGGAUGCACCUGAGCUUUGCUCCUUCACUUUGCUCUCGACGUAUUCAGAUGGGCCACUGCAUAUUGGGGUUUCAACAUCGAGUAAAAGUGGCUCAUUAGCUUCCCGAAUAAGGCGAGAAAUUGCCUCAUUCCUUCCAUCUGGUCUUGGAGCUGCUGUUGACAAUCUUGGUGUCCUAAAGAAACGCAUCUGGGCAGAGGAUGCCAUCGAUGAAGAGGUAGAUAGGGAUAAUUUUGAGGAAGACUCUGACGAUUCGACGGGACAAAAACACACAUUUAACGCGUUAGUAGUCGGCAAUGAAACAGCCAUAUCGAAGACGAGGAGGAUACGCUGGCUUUCACAGAUAUGUGAAUAUUGGCCUCUUCGCCAACUUGCCAGUGUAACCUUGCCUGAUGUAGAGAAGGUUCUGGAGGCAUAUGAGGCGCAAAAGCGUCCGAUCACUAACGGCAACGGUGCGAGUCUAUCGUCGAGAAGGGGAAAAAUUAUACUGGCAGGCUCAGGGCCGGGACAUCCUGAUCUGUUAACACGCGCAACAUACCAUGCAAUCAAGACGGCUGACCUUAUACUGUCCGACAAACUCGUGCCAGCAGCCGUUCUCGAUCUCAUCCCGAGGAGGACAGAGGUCCAUAUCGCACGAAAGUUUCCGGGUAACGCAGACAAGGCCCAAGAGGAGCUGUUGGAACUGGCAUCAGAAGGGUUAUCUGCAGGUAGAACCGUCCUGCGGCUCAAACAGGGGGACCCGUAUCUCUACGGACGGGGGGCCGAGGAAUUUUACUUUUUCCGAGGGAAGGGUUAUGAGCCCAUAGUUCUCCCAGGAAUAACAAGUGCUCUGAGUGCACCUUUGUUUGCCGAUAUACCACCCACCCACAGAGGAGUGGCAGACCAAGUUCUGAUAUGCACUGGAACAGGGCGUCACGGAGUAGCUCCCUCCCCACCGAGUCAUAUACCUACCCAGACGGUGGUAUUCCUCAUGGCAUUGCACCGACUGCCAUCAUUGAUCGAAUCCAUGACAGCUUAUUCCAGCGACGACAAAGGGGAUACAGCGUCGUUUAGGCAUCUGUGGCCCAAGGAUACGCCAUGUGCAGUGGUAGAAAGGGCCUCUUGCGCUGACCAAAGGGUGAUAAGGUCAACAUUGGAACAUGUCUGUCUGGCCGUCCAAGAAGAAGGUUCAAGGCCACCGGGUCUCCUGGUAGUAGGCAAAAGCUGCGAGGUCCUCCAUCAACUGGAUGAAAAGUGGACUAUCGAGGAUGGGUUCAAGGCAUUGGACAGUCUGAAUGAUGACCUGAGUCUUGACACUAUUGUGGCAUUGGGAGGAAUCCAUGAUGGAUAA